ACGAACUGGAUCUCGCUGGAUUUCAUUGGAAUCCGAUGAGGAAGGCUUGUUGCUAUUAUCGCUAUGCACCGCCGAGUAGUCUGGAGGCUCUCGCGCCGCGUUGAUUUAUCGACAUCCACCACUCUAUCCUCCCCGAUUCUACCAUCUUCACGGACAUUUCGGUCCUCCGCAAGCCGGUUAAACUCUGAGAAUGGCGCUGGAGAUGGGAAUAGUGAUGGCGCAGCUCCAAGCGCACCAUCGCCAGCGCCCAAGUUUGGAAACCGAUGGGGCGCCAGACAGGCAUCCAAGCCAACUGGCCUAAGCCCAGCGGAACAGGCCUUGCGCGAUGCCAUCAUGGCCAGGAGUAAACCGCCUCCUCCUCCACCAGAAGCUCCGAAAGGUCCAGAUCCCGAAAAAAGAAUCCCAGGCACGCAAUUCUACGUCAACAGCCAAGGCAAGCAAGCCUUCGCCCGCUCCGCGAACCAUCCCGUCGACCACCAGCACUUGCACAACAGAGUCGCCCGACAUUUGAGGGGUUCCUCCCGAACAGAAAACAGACCAUCUCGAGGCAAUCGUGAGUGGACUUGUCAAAGUUGCAACAAGGUCGUCUUUGCGAAGCAUAAGGUUUGUCCGUUCUGCCAAACAGCGCGACAGGAUGCUCCUCGACCACCCAGACAGGAACAGCAACCAAAGAAAAAGGACUGGGAUUGUCCUGACUGCGGACAUUUUAACUUUGCAAGGCGGGACGCAUGUACCUCAUGUGGUAACCCCAGGCCCGACGCGCAACCUUCGGAGACAAGUACAUCGAGGAGGGAGUCAACACGCACUGGCAAGCUGCACAGUCUCGGCCAGUCUAUUCUUGCUGAGGCCGGCGAAGAAAAUUCGUCCUCAGCUUGGGGAUCACGAAAAACUCAAAAUGAUCGGACAAGUCGGCACGGGGCACCAACCAGGAUAUCGCAAAGUGAAGGCCGCGAAAGCCGUGGGCAAGAUGAGACAAAGAAGGACCGGAAGGUUGAAGAGAAAAACGAGAAAGAGAAAGAACUCGACAAGAAGGAUCAAUGGUCUUGGGAUAUGUCUGCCUUGGAUCAGCUGCAAUCUAUGGAAGCGCCACCAACACCUGUCGAUGUGCAGAAGAAACCCAAGAAACGCGAUGGACGGAAGGACCGUGGAUCAUCCGAGGAGGGUGAUUUUGAUCCCGAGGACCGUAAGCGUCGUCGCGACAAGCGCCAGAAGAAGGCGAAGGAGGAGGUUACGGCUACUCCCCUUCACCUGCCCGAGUUCAUCAGUGUCAGUAAUUUGGCCGAUGUCAUCGGCGUGCGACAGGCCGAGUUCGUGGCCCGCAUGGAAGAUAUGGGCUUUGAGGACGUGACCUAUAACCAUGUCUUGGACGCUGAGACCGCCGGUCUGGUGGCCGCCGAGUUCAACUAUGAAGCCAUUUUCGACACUGGGGCUGAUGAUAUUGAGGCCGCACCGGUGCCCGAAGAUGCAUCUGAUUUGCCCCCUCGCCCGCCGGUCGUGACGAUUAUGGGUCACGUUGACCACGGUAAAACCACUAUCCUGGAUUGGCUGCGAAAGUCGUCAGUGGCAGCCACUGAGCACGGUGGUAUCACCCAGCACAUUGGUGCCUUCUCUGUGGCGAUGCCCUCUGGAAAGACAAUCACCUUCUUGGACACCCCCGGCCAUUCUGCAUUCUUGGAAAUGCGUAAGCGUGGUGCUGAUGUGACUGAUAUUGUCGUUCUCGUCGUGGCCGCGGAUGACAGUGUCAAGCCGCAGACCAUCGAGGCUAUUAAGCAUGCCACGCAAGCCAACGUUCCUAUCAUCGUUGCGAUCAGUAAAAUUGACAAGGAAGGCCGCAACCCCGAGCGGGUAAAGCAAGAUCUCUCGGUCCACGGCGUUCAUGUUGAAGACUACGGUGGUGAUGUUCAAGCAAUUGGUGUGAGCGGUAAGACGGGCGAGGGCAUGAUCGAGCUCGAGGAGGCCAUUGGUGUCCUCUCUGAGAUGCAGGACCACCGUGCUGACACGGCCUGCAACGCUGAAGGCUGGGUCAUCGAGGCGACCACCAAGAGCUACGGUCGCGUGGCUUCUGCUCUUAUCCGUCGCGGUACCCUCCGGCCUGGCGAUGUGAUUGUUGCUGGUCAAACUUGGGCUCGCGUGCGCACCCUUCGCAAUGAAGCUGGUCUGUCGAUCGAUGAAGCUACUCCUGGCAUGCCGGUCGAGAUUGACGGCUGGAGAGAUCAGCCAGUCGCUGGAACGGAGAUUCUGCAGGCCCCAACUGAGCAGAAGGCCAAGGACGUUGUGGCAUAUCGCCAGGAUCGUGCAGACACCCAAAAGCUGGGUGAGGAUAUGGUUGCCAUCAACGAGGCUCGACGUGAGCUUCUUGAAAAACGCAGACAGGAAGAUCAAGACUCGGAUGACGCUGCCAGCGCCCCUGUCGAGGCGUCCGGCCCCAAGGCAAUCAACUUCAUUAUCAAGGCCGAUGUAGACGGCUCCGCCGAGGCCGUUCUCAACUCAAUCGCUGCUGUUGGCAACAACGAAGUUUACGCAAACAUCUUGCGCUCUGGUGUUGGCCCCGUAACCGAGUUCGAUAUUGAACACGCAGCCAGCGCCAAGGGUAAGAUCAUUUCGUUCAACAUGCCCAUCGACCCCAACAUGUCACGCCUCGCCGAACAGGAGUCUGUGACAAUCAUGGAUCACAACAUCAUCUAUAAGCUCAUCGACGACGUGAAGGACGUUCUGAGCGAGCAUCUGGCGCCUACCGUGACUCAGCGUGUGACGGGUGAAGCCGAAGUUGGUCAAAUUUUCGAGAUCACCGUCAAGGGUCGCGACAAGACGUCUAUCGCUGGAUGUCGUGUGCGUAACGGUUUGGUCAACAAGACUAAGAAGGUCCGAGUGAUCCGCGGCAACCAGACCGUCUAUGAUGGCACCAUGACCUCGCUGAAGAACGUCAAGAAGGACGUUACCGAAAUGCGCAAGGACACUGAGUGUGGUAUCGCUUUCGACGGCUGGACCGACUUUGCUGUCGGCGAUCACAUCCAGUGCUACGAAGAGAUCUUUGAAAAGCGUCAUCUGUGAGAUGAUCAUUGAUGCUCUUUCUUUUCACAAGCUUCAUGCGACUCUCUGUCGCUGUAUUUUUAGACUUCGGUCCCCCUUUCCCCCUUCUCUCCUGUCUUUUUCACCUUCAUCUUGUACCUAUAUACAUGCCUUGCAUCUUGGGAUCGGGCGUUGUUCCAUUUACACUACACCAUUUGCUGGAAACAGUCACGCUUGAUAUGGAGAUAGAUGCAAUCAUAAUACAUGU